AUGUCUGAGGAAAACACGCCAAAACCAGAGAAUAAAAGUGAUACGCAUAUCAAUUUGAAGGUUUCGGACGGUACUUCCGAAGUGUUCUUCAAAAUUAAGAGAUCUACCCCGCUUAAAAGACUUAUGGACGCUUUCUGCAAAAGACAAGGAAAAGAUGCCAGCAGUCUACGGUUUUUGUUUGACGGCCACCGUGUGAACCCAGAGGACACUCCUGAGGACUUAGAUAUGGAGGAGAGUGACGUUAUCGAGGCUCACCGUGAACAAGUUGGUGGGUUUAUAUAA